AUGGCAGAAGCCAGUAUCUCAUGGGCUGAGGAUCAGUUCAGCUGUUCAGUGUGUCUGGAUCUCCUGAAGGAGCCAGUGACGAUUCCCUGUGGACACAGUUACUGUAUGAACUGCAUCACAGAGUGCUUGGAUCAGGAGGAUCAGAAUGGAAUCUACAGAUGUCCACAGUGCAGACAGACCUUCAGUACAAGACCAGUUUUAGGAAAGAAUGUGGUGAUUGCUGAAAUGGUGGAAAAACUGAAGACAAGACUCCAAGCUGCUCCCGUUCCACCUCCUGUUCCUGCUCGCCGUCGUCUUCAACACACUGGACCUGGAGAUGUUCAGUGUGACUCCUGCACAGAAAUUAAACGGAAAGCAGUGAAAUCCUGUCUGGAGUGUCGAAGCUCUUACUGUCAAAAUCACCUUGAACAGCAUGAGAAUCUCUUCAGAGGUAAAACUCACAAUCUGAUGGACGCCACUGGACGAAUGCAAGAGGUGGUCUGCUCUCAACAUAAUAAACUGCUGGAAAUUUACUGCCGUACUGACCAGCACUGUAUCUGUAUGCUGUGUUUGGUGGAUGAACACAAAAAUCAUGACACGGUAUCAACUACAGCAGAACGGAAAGAGAAACAGAAACAAUUUGAGGAAACACAGAGAAGAUUGCAGAAAAUAAUCCAGCAGAAAGAAAAAGAUCUUCAGGAGCUGAGAGAGGCUGUGGAGUCUCAUAAGCUCUCUGCACAGAUAGCAGUAGAGGGCAGUGAGAGGAUCUUCACUGAACUCAUCAGCUCCAUUGAGAAGCGUUGCUCUGAAGUGAAACAGCUGAUCAGAGAUCAGGAAAGAGCUGCAGUGAGUCGAGCUGAAAAACAACUGGAUCAACUUAAAAAGGACAUCAAUGAUCUGAGGAGGAAAGACAAUGAACUGCAGCAGCUUUCAGAAACACAAGAUCAUGUUAAUUUCCUUCAGAGUUUGCCGUCUGCUUCUUUCUCUCUCUCUGGAUCUACAGACAGCUACAGUGUCAGUUCUCACCUCUCUUUUGAUGAUGUAGUGAAAUCAGUCUUUCAACUCAGAGACAAACUGCUGCAGUUCUGCAGUGAGGAGACAGAAAAGAUACCUGGAAAAGUGAAAACCAUCCAUGUUAUUCAGACUCCUGAAUAUCAGACCAAUGAGGAAUUCCUACAGU